AUUACACACAUACCCAAAUAAGGUAUCCCUAGGUUAGGUACCUAGAUACAUUAGAUACGAGAUCUACCUAGGACUCGAGAUUUAAUCCUGGUGAAUAACAGAAGCGACUUCACAAACGUACAGACCGGCAGUAGCUAGGGAAACAGAAAACUCCACCUGGUACUUCCUUUGUUCACCAGGUCUAAAAUUAAAUUCACAUAUCCAUCGCUCCUAACAACACUCGACCUAAACACGAAUACCCUUUCUUACCUCACACAAAUUCGUCUUGCGCUCCAAAGUUUCUUCGCCAAAACACAUCGUCGCAAGAUUACUCUAUCCACCCGCGACGAUGCAGUUCUCAUCUAUCAUUACCAGUCUCAUCGCAGCUGCAACUUGCAUCUCUGCCCUUCCAGCGCCGCAACUGGCCAAGAGAGAAAUCGGAGGCGUCUUGAUCUGCAAUGGUGCCAAUGCUACGGGCACGUGUCACUAUGAGGUCUACUCGAUGCACGAUUGCCACGAGCUACCCGACGGCCUAAUCAACAACGCCAAGACGUUCGCUCCCGAUGGCGAUGCUUUCUACUGCUGGCCUAAGGUAGGCCGUUGUGAUCAGAUCUGCACGUCGCCUACGGGUUGCACAUUCGGUGCUGUCUCCUUCUACAACCCCAUCAAAUGGGAUUUGUCGACCAUAAAGUGGGAUACUCUGAUCACAUCCUUCGAGUGCGCGCUCAACCAAACCACGAAGGCAUAGGCGCACGAAAAUAUUUUGGGAAAUGUUGGCAGCUCGACAUGGCGCUAAUGAAGCAGACAGAUAGUCUGUUGUUAAUAUUUCCAAGUCUGGUCUCCAACACUAAUGCGAAGUUCGAUUGACUUUCCCGCUUAUUAACGAGUUCAAACUGCCCGC